AUGAAGGAUCUGACGGCUACAGAAAAAGAGGAGGCGGCGCAAUUACUCGUGUCGAUGUUAGCUGCCGCUCCACCGUUGGCAAACGAGCUUGGGGAACUCCUCGAUGCCCUUGACGAAGGAGAGACGGUAUUUGUCGGCGGAGUCAAAGAUGCCACCUUGCGCUCCCAGCUCGCCGCGUUCUUGACUGCACUCGGACUUGCUGCCCCUGCGGGAAAGGGAAACAAAUCUUUUCGAUGUAGCGGUGGCGGGGUGCUGCGGGGUGUCGCCGCAUUAAUGGAUGAACAGGACUUGGCGGACCCUCUUCCGCUUGACAGGGAGGCGGCGUUUAAUUCAGCAAAGGAGGUGGUGGAUCGCUUGGCAGGCGAGCAAGGAAUGGAGGGUGUACGCGAAGAAGUGCCUGGACUGUUGGACCAGAUCUUAGGGGGUGAACUUGUCAUGCUUGAGGGGCUUCCUGACGAAAGAGUCAGGGCCGCCUUGACCCUUCUGUUUGAAGCGAUAGGUCUAAAAUCACGGACAGCAGGAGAUGGCGGGGAAGCCGGGUACGGCAUACCUGAUCGGGGUUAUGAAGACAGUGAAGCUGUCAUCAAGAAGGUGAUUGCGGAGUAUGGUGGCGAGCAGAGUAAGCCCAAAGACAGUAGCGACGACGAGGGGGGCGAAAACGAUGGCCCGGCACCUCGUAGGGCCCCUAUUGGUCCAGCCAUGCCUUCCCAAGCCAUGCUUGCCCAGGCACAACAGGCAGCGAAGGACUUUGUCCAGGAGGACUCUUCAUCUGACGACGAUGAAGAUCAAUUCGGGCCGUCCAUCGCCGGCAAAGAGAAACGCGUCGCAUCCGAGCGAGCGGACCCAAACCGAGCCAAACGGCAGAAACGGCAGGAGUUGAAGCGUGCGGCCGAGUGGGAGAAUGCCACUGGUGUUAUCACAGGAGGGCAGGCUGCGCUCGACAAGGCGGAGGCCGAGGUUGGUCGGGAGGAGUGGAUGCUCGUGCCGCCCAAGUCUCUCGGUGUAUUAGGCGCUAUCAAGACCUUGCAGCCUACCAAUCGUAAAUUCCAAACUCGCUCGGCGAGAGGUGCGCGUGCGGAUCUCCAUGCCCCGAAAGCACCGAAAUCGAAAGCAGAGAUGGAAGCUGAAGCGGCGGCGGAGGAACUCAUGGCCAAGCACCGGGAGGCGCGAGGCGCCUCACUGGUGGAGAGGCAUGCAAGCGACGUCAGCAAGGCCAAAAAGGCGGCGGGUGGAGGGGACGGCGGCAAGAAGAGUUUCUCCUGGAGCCGAGAGGAGGACUUCGAGCAACGAAAAAAAUUUACCCCCCAGAUGUACGAAGAGCUGGUGCAAAAGUCCCAAGAGCUGGACUCGAAGUUCUCAAGAUCAAUAUCCAGAAACUUUUUGUGA